GUAUGAAAGCAACGGCUUCUAUGACCAAGGCACUCUCCCUGGAAAUGUCGGUGUAUGUGGCAAUAGGACUGUAUCCCAGGCUACGGCUUUUGACACAGCUGUGCAAGGACUGUUAACUAAUCUUAAAAUCGCAACGCCAAAGAUAAAUGGAUUUUUUGCAGCGACAAAGAGUGAAGUGGUUAGCGGCAGUACAACCGUGUAUGCAGUGUCACAAUGUGCAGAAACAAUAAGUGAGCUCAGUUGCCAAGAUUGCUUGACAGUGGCAUCUGCCAACAUACAAAGUUGUCCUCCUAAUGCAGAGGGUAGAGCUGUUGAUGCCGGUUGUUUUCUUAGAUACUCGGAUACUGCCUUCUUUGCUGAUAACCAGACAACUAAUAUCAGCCCCUUUCUUGGAGGAGGAGGAGGCUCAAGCAAGAAGAAUGCCAUUAUUGGAGGAGUAGUUGGAGGUGGAGGUGGUUUUUUGCUUAUAGUUGCGAUGAUAUUAAGGCAUCGACUAUCAAGAAAGUCAAAGUUAGCUCCAAGAGGUAACAUAUUAGGGGCAUCAGAGCUGCAAGGACCAGUGAUUUACAGUUACAAAGAUUUGAAAUCUGCAACAAAAAAUUUUAGUGAAGAAACUAAACUAGGAGAAGGAGGUUUUGGGGAUGUAUACAAGGGCACUCUUGAAAAUGGAAAUAUAAUUGCAGUGAAGAAACUAGCUAUAAGCUCGAGUAGAGCAAAGGCAGGUUUUGAAAGUGAAGUGAAGAUUAUUAGUAAUGUUCAUCACCGAAAUCUCAUUCGACUUCUAGGGUGUAGCAACAGAGGACCAGAUCUACUACUUGUGUAUGAGUACAUGGCAAAUGGAAGUCUUGAUAGGUUCUUAUAUGGUGAAAAAAGAGGUGCCUUGAACUGGAAACAACGGUUUGACAUAAUAUUUGGGAUAGCCCGGGGUCUUGCCUAUCUUCAUGAGCAAUUCCAUGUUUGCAUCAUUCAUCGAGAUAUAAAAUCUAGCAAUAUUCUACUAGAUGGUGAUUUCCUACCCAAAAUAGCUGAUUUUGGACUGGUAAGGCUUCUACCUGAGGAUCAGAGUCAUCUUAGCACCGGAUUUGCCGGGACAUUGGGUUAUACAGCACCAGAAUAUGCCAUCCAUGGACAAUUGUCUGAGAAGGUUGAUACUUACAGCUUCGGUAUUGUUGUCCUUGAAAUCAUAAGUGGCCGAAGGUGUAAUGAAAUGACGGCCGAAUCUACUGAAUUUCUUCUUGAACAGGCAUGGAAGCUGUAUGAGGAUGGCAUGCAUUUGAAGUUGGUAGAUGAGACCUUGGACACAAAUGAAUAUAGAGCGGAAAAAGUGAAGAAAGUGAUAGAGAUUGCUUUGAUGUGCACUCAGUCACCAGUUUCUACGAGGCCAACAAUGUCUGAAGUAGUUGUUUUGCUUGUGAGUGAUCGUUCAAUGGAGGUCACAAGGCCAACACAGCCUACGUUAAUUGACAAAGAUAAGAAGGUUCGUAGUGACACAACCACUACCACUAGUUCAUCAACAUCUAAUGCCACUGCAUCUUUCACCGAGUUUGUAGGUCGCUAAAUAGCUUGCUAAUUUUUUCAAAACUAUGUAUAAUGUGUAGCUAUUGUUCAUGAUCAAUCUUCGAGCCAUUUUAGCACCACAACCUUAUAUGGGAGAACAAGUAUAUGCAUACUUAAUUCUUGUAAUCAUGUUUGCAACACUAUUAGGUUUUAGGGUAAAAUUUGAGCUUGUUUGAGAAAUUCCUACUAAAAUUGCAGCCUUUGAAAUUAUGAAAUGACAUAUGUAUAUUUCUACACA